AUUAAAGGACUUCCUAUCAGUGUAACUCAGUCAUAUCAUCAAUUCACAGCAAACAGCAAGGUGUAACUGGAGUGGCUGUUGAGUUGAAUGGAGUUCAACCGACCCAAAGCUCCAGGGGGAGGGCCUGGAGAUGGAGAGGGAGGACAAGUUGUCCUGAGCACACUGGAUGAACUCCAGCCUGGGAGGAGUGAACGGAAGCUUGAAGAGCAUUGUGGGCUAGCAGGGCUGUCUUCAACCGACACCACUAACGCAGCCAAGACAGACCCCAAAGCUCCUGCAGGAGGAUCUGGAAAGGUCGACUUGUACUUAAUCCACAGCUCCACAUCUUCAGACAGCGAGGAGGAGGACAAAGGCAAGAAGGAAAAGAAAAAGAAGAAGCUGAAGAAGAGGAAGAAGAAGGAUUCCAGUUCAUCCUCUUCCUCCUCCUCCUCCGACAGCAGCUCUUCAGACAGUGAAGAUGAGAAGAAGAAGAAGAGGAAGAAGAAGGCAAAGAAAGAAGGUGCUGGGGAUAUCAUAGUACAUGAUGCAGCCUUCAUAUCUGAGCCUGGGCUCGAAUGCUUCACUGAUCUAAACAACGAGGAAACAAAGAAGAAAGAGGAUAAUUCAGGCUCAGACAGUGAAGAGGACAAGAAGAAGAAGAAGAAGAAGAAGGAGAAGAAGAAGAAGAAGGAGAAGAAGAAGAAGAAGAAGACGAAGGAUUCCAGCUCCUCUUCUUCAUCUUCCAGAUUCCAGCUCCUCAUCUUCAUCCUCUGA